UCUGCGCAAGAUCAGUCUGCUGCCAAAGAAGCGAGCGAGAUGGCCCGGCUCCUCUCUUUCGUCCCCAUCUCCCUCCUCCUGCUAGCUAGCCUCGCCGCCGGCGCCGGCGCCGCAGCAGCCGCGGAUCCAGGGGAAGGGGGCCCCAGGAUCAGCACACAGUACGCGAGCGAGGAGGAGUCCCGGUGGCUGGACCGCUGGGCGGAGAAGCAUCUGCCCCACGGGCACGGUUCCGGCCAAGCCAUCGAGAUUCAGCCGGGCAGCGACGAGGAGUCGGCGCAACUGAGCCGCAUGUUCCCCGGCAACGCCUACAUCGGCCACAUUGAGUAUGACAAGGACCAUCCCUUUGGCAGAAUCGUGGUGGAUGCCUUCCACUCCAAAGCUCGCCAGGCCAAGCCGAACGAUGAUCCGCAGAACCACGAGGAGUCCCACUCCCACGCCGAGCAUGACGUGAAGGAUCUUUAGGAGCGUUGGCACCUAGCCGGUGAGGCCGGCUGGCCAUAUCCAUGACCUUGUCGAUGGACAGAAUAACGACGGAUGACUGAGGAGUUCAUUUCGUGCAUCAUUAGCCUGUUUUAGUAGCUAUGGGGUUUGUCCUCAGAGAGAUUAGUCGAGUCGUUGUCUACUGUCUAGUAGUAGUAGUAGUAAUUCUGGUUUAUUCUGCCGUGUGGUGCUCUCCAUUUGCAAUUUGUCUUUGUUUA